GAAAUAUUCAAGAUUGGUGUAUUUCAAGACAAUUAUGGUGGGGACACCCAGUUCCAGCAUAUAAUUUAACUUAUGAAGGGCAAAAAUCUGAUGAGGGAUUAUGGUUUGCUGCAACUUCACUGUUUGAAGCCGAACAAUUUGUCAAGAAAUAUUUUCAACAAAACAACAUUCUUUCACAAACAAAUUACACCUUGAAACAAGAUGAAGAUGUAUUGGAUACAUGGUUUUCAUCAGCAUUAUUACCAUUAUCAUCCAUGAACUGGAAAGGUGAUCAAAAUAUUCCCGAGGUUUACCCUACAACAAUGAUAGAAACGGGAUUCGAUAUUUUAUUUUUCUGGAUAGCCCGAAUGGCGAUGUUAUGUACUUACUUCUCAGGGAAACCACCUUUUGAAAGAAUUUUGUUGCAUGCAAUGGUUCGAGAUGCGCAAGGACGUAAGAUGUCAAAAUCACUUGGAAAUGUAAUAGAUCCAUUAAAUGUAAUUGAAGGAGUCACAUUAGAAGAAAUGCAUCAAACAAUACUUAAUAGUAGCUUAUCGAAGUCUGAAAUAGAAAAAAGUAUUAAACUCUUAUCGAAAGAAUUUCCAAAAGGAAUUAAACCAUGUGGCACUGACUCAUUAAGAUUUGGUUUGGUAAAUUAUACUCAACAGAUUAGGCAAAUUAAUCUUAGCGUUUCUUACAUUACAUCUGUUCUACAUUUUUGUAACAAACUUUGGAACUUGUUCAGAUUCUCUAACGAUCGUUUCUCAUCAUUAAAUCAUAUCACACACAUCACAGAAACAGUAUCUUGCAGUUCAUUUAUAGAAUCUAGAAAACAUUUAACAUUAGUAGAUAGAUAUAUUUUAUCAAGAUUAUCUGAUACCGUAGCAAAGUGUCAAGUGGGAUUUGAAAAGUUUGAAUUAUUUGAAGUUACAAAGGCUGUGAAGGAUUUCAUAGUUGAAGAUUUAUGUGGAAUUUAUUUAGAAUUUAUCAAACCUACCUUGUAUGAAAAUUCAGAAAAUAUCGAUACAAAGGUUCAGAAAACAACUUUAAAAGUAUUAGAAACUUGUUUAGAUACAUCACUUAGAUUAUUACACCCUUUUAUGCCAUUUCUAACAGAGGAGUUAUGGCAGAGUCUUGUUGAAAGAUGUGAUAAUAGUAUAAAUUUAGAAACUCCAGAAUCGAUAAUGGUGUCAAAUUAUCCGAAAGUUGCAGAUUUUGUGAAUCAGAAAGAUCCUACUGUUGAAGAUGAUAUGAAG